CGUAAUCGCAUUUUAAUUGAAAGUCUCUUCAUAACCCAAACGAUUAAGUCAUUAAAUCAUAUUCAAUUUGUUUUUUGCUACACACCCCCAAUAUUAGAAAGCUUCCGGAAUACUUAAACGCGCCUAUAAAAUGCCUCAAUUCUGUUCAAUUAAGUGCAGUUACUGAAAGAGACACCAGGACUUAUUAGACACUCAAGAAUGGCUAUCGAUACUAUGGUGAAUUUUCGCACUAUAGUUCGCAUACUCACACUUUCGGGUUUGUGGCGAGGCAUGAAAGGUUCACGGUUUGAGCGAUAUUCUCGAUAUUAUCAACUGUUCAUGCAUUUUAUAGUUACUUUCGGUUUUAUAUUGCUCUUGAGCUUAGAGAUCAUCUACAGUGACGGUUUGGAUCACGCCAUCGAUGUGCUAAAAUACUUGCUCGUUGUAAUGGCGCUUGGCAUCAAAGUGCUCAAUGCCUGGUACUACACACGACAAAUAACGGAAGUGAUGUAUGAAUGGGAGAACAGUGAAUUAUUUGUAUUACGUAACGACGACGAAAAGCAGAUGUGGGCAAAAACACAAAAAACUUUCCGCAAAUUGGGAAUGACCUCUUUCGGUUUAGGAUUCAAUUCCGCAAUGUGUGCUUUGCUUGGGGUUCUAUUAAUGGGGGCCACUGAACAGCCAUAUGCACUAUGGAUGCCCACAAAUUGGCGUGAUAAAUAUUAUUGGCAAAUGUACAUCUAUCAGUGUCUCUCGAUGCCAUUCAUUUGUUUCAGCAACGUUACGAAUGACGUGUUCCAAGCUUAUUUACUACUGCAUUUAACACUUUGUUUCCGGGUAAUCAGCAUGCGCUUGGAGCGCUUGGCGAACGCCGGAGCGGAUGGCGCUAUAACCGCAGAACUCAUGAACGACAUUAAAAUGCAUCAGCGUGUGAAAGAAAUGGCUAUAAGCUGUGAGCACAUCAUAUCGCUGAGUAUGUUAACACAGAUAACGCUCACUUUUCUGAUCAUUUGUUUCAUCAUCUAUAAUCUGGCAAAUGCCAACUUCAGGGAGGAUCCGGUUCAUUGCUUAGCCAUGCUCCAAUAUGCACUGAUUGUAUCCUUGCAAAUGUUUCUACCAUGUUACUAUGGUAAUGAACUAACUUUGGAAUCCGAGAAAUUGAGUAUUAAUCUCUACAGCUCUGAUUGGACUGGUAUGUCUGCGUACAAUCGACGUUUUAUUUUCCACUAUAUGGAGUCUUUGAAGAAACCGUUGGUGUUACAUGCUGGGAGCUUUUUCGAAAUAGGCAUACCAAUCUUUGCAAAGGCCAUGAAUAACGCCUACAGUUUAUUGGCCCUUUUGCUAAAUGUCAACGAUGAUGAACAGUGAAUUAAACAUUAUGUGUACUAUUAAGUACCAUAUAUGUAUGUAUGGUACAAAACAUAGUGCUUAGAAGAAGUGCUGGGGUGAAAAGUCUAGUUUAUCGCAUUAUGUCUCAAAGCACAUUUUUUAAAUCGCACGAUAUUCAAUUUAUUUUUAGAACUUAGAAACUAUUUGUUAAAAGUAAUUUUCAUUUAUAAAAUAGCUGAAUUAACACUGUAUUUUGAUAAAAUAUGGUUUACAUUGAAAAUUUUGGCCCUCAAGUUGAAGCUUAUAAAAUAUUCCUUCAAACAUAUUUGAAUUUCGGAUUUCCUUCCCUUUGUAUUGUUUAAAAUAUUUAUUAGAUAUUCAACAUCAACAAC